AUAGUACUCGACAAUAAAUAAGUUGUCCGACUUGUUUCGGUGUAAAGUGCCCGAUUGCGCCAUCGCCCAUUCUUGUUUCAUCUGCGAUUCUCUGCGAUUCCGACCCCGCGGAUUUAUAAGCAGCCCCAAUGGAAUUUGAUGCUUCGUACGCAAGCCGCACGGGCAUAAAUAAACCCGAAGAAACCAUCGAUUUCCAGGUACCUACCUGACUGUCGUGAACCCUUCCUUAGAACAACCUCCCCAAGAUCUAUCUAUACCUCUUGAUACCAUGGCAACGCCCAAGAUCAAAUUAUACACGAACCAUGGGUGCCCUUGGGCUCAUCGAGCGCAUAUAGCUCUUGCAGAGCUUCAGCUGCCCUUCGAGGAGGAGAUCAUUGACUUGGCCGUCCCCCGGACCCCGGAAUACUUAAAAAUCAACCCUCGGGGUCUAGUUCCGGCCUUGGAAUUUAACGGCGAGAUUCUCACCGAAUCGGCUAUAAUCUCCAAUUUCUUGGCCAAUGAGUUCCCCUCGCAUCUGCUUCCCGUCUCAAACGCACCCGGAGGAGCAUUGCUUCGUGCCAAAAUCGAUUUCUUCGUCGACACUUUCAUCUCCAAGGUGAACAGUAACUUCUUCAAGGCACAAUAUGCCAAAACGGACGACGAGGUAGAGGGCUUCGUCAAGGAAUACGUCGAGGCUGUCGUGAAGGAAAUCGAGCCGCUCCUGAUUAACGCAACGCCCUUCUUCAAUGGCAGUGACAAACUUACACAGGCCGAAGUUCUAACGGGCUCAUUCAUCGUCCGUCUAUUCACGCUGCCAAAGUACGGCCUCUUUCCAGAGCACAUACUGACCGAUCUCUCCACCAAGGCUCCAUACUUCUACCGUUGGGGUCAGGCUGUUUCCAAACAUCCUAGCGUUCUAGUGAUAUAUGACGAGAAGGUGAUGGCGGCAAAAACAAGAGAGAGGCUAGCUAAGCUGCGGGCAGCUUGAGUAACCCAAGUGAAGAGUCAGCCAACCUGAUUGUUUGAAUGAGAUGGGAUAUAAUUCCAAUGCUAGCAUAGGAACUACCUGUUGCGAGCGGAGAGUAGCGACCUAAGUGGCUAGCAUAAUAAUUGAAUGAUGCUGGUGUUACAAUGUUCGACCCUCUUCGAGUUAUCGAAAAAUUGAUGAUGCGAAACGAUGUUUUGGAAUUAGGCGACGACACGUGCUAGUUUACCGGUCUAACAGGAGCUCCGGCAUAUAACUAGAAAAUGCAGGGGAGUCGGAGUCAUCCUUUACAUAGCCAAGUUACCUGAUUUAGGCAGGUAUCUACCUCUCAUCCAGUUCGCUCGUCGGUUCGGUCUUCGCAUAUUGUCAUUGUCGAUAU